GACACCCGGAGUUCAGGUUCUUUUACGUCCAACCGGGAAGACUUAGUUAUAAUAAUUAUUAUUCGCAAUAAUAAUCAAUAGCGGUGACAUCAGAGAUGGCCAAGAAGCGGAGAGACAAAAGGGAGGUGGAAGGCGCGUCGUCUUCAGCAAACGAGGAGCCAAAUACAAACCUCGAUGACCCGCAGAACCUCAAAGGCACACAGCACACAGGAGGAGGCUCAGCCCGCAUGUCCCUCCUCAUUUUGUUCUCCAUCUUUACCUGCUCUGCCUCACUUAUGUACCUGGUCUACAAGAACUUCCCCGAGCUGAACGACGAUGAAAUGGAGAAAAUCAAGAUACCUAAAGACAUGGAGGAUGCCAAAGCUCUCGGCACCGUGCUGUCCAAAUACAAGGACACCUACUACACUCAGGUCUUGUUGGCCUACUUCACAACCUACGUCUUCCUUCAAACGUUUGCAAUCCCUGGAUCCAUCUUCCUCAGCAUCUUGUCUGGAUAUCUCUACCCAUUUCCCCUGGCACUUUUCUUAGUAUGCUUGUGCUCUGGCCUGGGUGCCUCCUUCUGCUACAUGCUGUCAUACCUGGUGGGGAGGCCGGUGGUCUACAGAUACCUCACAGAGAGAGCACAGAAGUGGUCUCAGCAGGUUGACAAGCAUAGAGAUCAUCUGAUCAACUACAUCAUCUUCCUGAGGAUAACCCCUUUCCUCCCCAACUGGUUCAUCAACAUCACGUCGCCUGUUAUCAAUGUGCCUUUGGGGGUCUUCUUCCUCGGUACCUUCUUUGCUUACACGACUUCACCACUAAAACCAUGCAUGCCACUACAGCGGGGUGCAAGGGAUGCAGUUUCAAAGUAAAACUGUUUUGAUGCUCGGUUCUUACAUGGCAUCAUUUCUGCAUGAGAGACUUGUGGGACGAGCAGGGUUUCCUGUGAGGCAGUUAAAUCCUGCAGCUCCUGAAGUAGAUUCACCACUGUGAGUGUGACAUCCCUCUGAAGUCACACCACCUUUGACCCUGUGACUGGAGAGCUGCAGGCUGACCCUGUGACUGGAGAGCUGCAGGCUGACCCUGUGACUGGAGCGCUGUAGGCUGACCCUGUGACUGGAGCGCUGCAGGCCGACCCCGUGACUGGAGCGCUGUAGGCUGACCUUGUGACUGGAGAGCUGCAGGCUGACCCCGUGACUGGAGCGCUGUAGGCUGACCUUGUGACUGGAGAGCUGCAGGCCGACCCCGUGACUGGAGUGUUGUAGGCUGACCUUGUGACUGGAGAGCUGCAGGCCGACCCCGUGACUGGAGUGUUGUAGGCUGACCUUGUGACUGGAGAGCUGCAGGUCGACCCCGUGACUGGAGUGUUGUAGGCUGACCUUGUGACUGGAGAGCUGCAGGCUGACCUUGUGACUGGAGAGCUGCAGGCUGAGGGUGGGGUGUUCUUAUUGAAGGGGAUGACUGAAUUGUAGUGACCAGCAUUCCUGAAGCGUGUUUUUCCCAAGUGGACAUGUGACUAAACAAGUGAUGUGCAGGUGGACAUGUGACUAAACAUGGUGGUGUGCGGGCAUCACAGACAGAACAGUGGAAAGACAGAUGAGAUUAGACCACAUUGUAAAUUCAACAAGUACUGUGCAAGGUCGCUGGUAAGCUUGGCUUUUCUUUUGAAUGCAUGCAGAGAUUUUUCCCCUCAUGCUGUGUAUGUCUUGUAUGUAACUUUGCCUCGUGCCAUGGAUGGACUGCUAGUGCCAGACGUAUGACUGCCAGCGCUUACGCCUCCUACAGACUGUGCGAUUUUAGCAGUCCUAUAAGUUUAUUGCAAGCCACACUGUGUGAUACGGAUCUAAUAAACUUGGGUACGACAUCAAGUGUGAUGUAUGUAGACUUUACGAUGAAAACACUACUGAAUCGCAGGCUACGACGCAAGUCCGUAAGAACGUCACCAGCGCGCGUGCCGUAUCAGCGCGCGUAAUCAAUGUACGCCGCUGGCCGAGCGACAGGACGCGCAGCGGGAAUCCAGUCCUUGCAGUAGUCGCCGCAGCUCGUUUUGUUGAAUCCGUGGCAUUUGGGUCUCAGAUGCUGACAGUGUGUGUUUUGCGCCAGCAAAGAUUGUGCGUGGCGUGGAUCAGUGCGUCAUUUCGUGCUGUCAGACUUUUGUCCCAGGUUGUCUUCGGUCGCAAGACCGUAAUAACGGCCGUCUUUGAGCCUGUCUCACAGUGCGACGUAGGACCCCCGUUUUGGAGCCACGACCAAAGACGUCGCCACAUUUAGUCAUCUGUCGUGUGAGACGGCCCACAUCCCGCGGUCUGUAGGAGGCUUUAAAGGUGUCUGCGUCUUACUUUGCUUUUACCUCCUUCCGGUCCUGGCCCUGGAUUGGACACUAACCCCUGGACAUGUUGUGGGCUGCUCCUUACUAAUGUGUGGUUUUGGACUUUGGUGUGACUUAAUUCUCCCCUGUAUGGCAAAGCUGACUGGACUGGGGAUGUGCUGAAUGAACGAGGCUGCUGCUGAGUGCGCUUUGUGCAGGAGGUGCCUCAGAGGCGCGUUCAGUGCGUCCGUCUCCCUGGUGACGGACGCACUGAGCGUGUGCAUGGGCCAACGUCGUGUUGCGUGUGUAGUUUCACACUUUGUCGAGCUACUCGUAAGACGACACAUCGCGCAGCGGUUCGUUGGGUGUGUACUAAUCCUUCUCGUAGGAACACUUUAAAAGUCUGCAUAGGAAACGGAUCACUCAGCCCUACUGUGUUAGCUGUUUCCUGUCGGGCACGUCCAGAAUUUUGUUUGAUGUAGUGACGUAAAUUAUUACAAAUAUUACUACAAUAAUAAUAAAUAUUACAGAUUAUGUCAAAUCAGAGGCCGCACUGAGGGGUUUGCUCCCUGCUACAUGCUAUAGUAGCAUUUGAUGCUAGCUAUGCUAGCUAGCUAGCAUGUGAUGCUAUGCUAGCUAGCUAGCCCAUUUAAUGUGCCAUGUUCGUGGUUGUUAAUGGGUUGAUACAAGUCUCUCAGUGUCCUCCACCAUUGUCCACGACAGACGUGGUAUGUGUUCUAUGACUGGCUUUUAUUUUGUUGCCUAUGAAAAUAAAAAAUGGGUAAUUUUACUUUUUUCAGCAUGUAUUCUUGAAAUGAAUACUUUGAAGAUGGCCGUUCACCGGUGUCUCCUUCUUAAACAGCAGGAGACCUGCGUGGUCUGUGAGCCCUGUAUGGCUUGAACGUUUGCCUUGUGGCUUUCCUUCACCAGUGUGUGAGGGAGAACUUGUCAUUCUCUCUCUCAGAGCCUCCAGUGAAGGUCUGGUAUUCUCACUGUCCGCACACACUUCAUGGACAACUUGCUCAUCUAAAUGAUACCUCAACAGCCGAGUAACUGUACAUCACUUCCAACUUACCGCCACUCUGCUCCGUUUACGCCGACACCGCGGCGACUCGUCCGUCAGUUGCCGCUGCGGGAGUUGGUUGCCCCGCUGCGGGGGAACUCUUCUUACGUCACUUCCUGUUGAUGUUUGACUCACACCUUUUACAAACCGGUGAUGUAUAGCAGUAUGACUGUCUUUACAAAUACUGUGUAUUGUACUUUACUGUCCUAUCUGAUCAAAUCUUUAACUUUUUCAUAUUAAAUAAUUGAAACUGUGUAAGAAUAUUGUCUUAAGACUUAUUGGAGAAGUUCCUGACCAGUUGGUGGCGCUCCACAUUGACUGCAUGUAACAAGUGUUGGU